AUGGUGGAAAACAGGAGAACAUGGAAGGUAGCAGUAGAAUCUGGUGCUAUGCUAUACAACGAAGAAGAUGAUAUCAAGGCGAGGAAAUUGCUUAGAAAAAGAGAAUCGCGAAACAAAAGGGGGUUGAGGGGGGAUGGUAAGGUGAGAAUGAUAAAGGAUUUAAAGAAAAAAUUUAGGUUGAACAUGCUAGGUCUGAUUGAAACUAAAAGACCUGUAGUGACGAAGUUUGAUGUGAUCAGUUUGUGGGGGUAUGAUAGUGUUGGGUGGGCAUAUGUAGAGGCUGACGGUGCAUUGGGUGGGCUACUUUUAAUGUGGGAUGAAAAUGCUUUUAAGAUGAAUAAUUGUUAUAAAGGGGAGAGAUGGCUGUGUGUAGAAGGGAUUAUAUCAAAGAAUAAUUUUAACUGUGCUUUGUUCUUGGUUUAUGGUGCUCAUACGAGAGAGGAAAAACUUGUGGUUUUGGAAGAGUUGAGCUAUACUGCUGGGUUGUGCCAGGUGCCUUGCUGCUUCAUGGGAGAUUUUAAUGAGAUUAUAAACGUUGAGGAAAGAAAAGGUACUACUAGCUUGACAGCUCGGAUUGAUAGAGUUCUGGUUAGCCUGGAAUGGGUUGAAGAGUUCCCAGAGAUUCGCUUAAGAGGAGGACCAAGGGGCUUGUUAGAUCACUGCCCAAUGAUAGUGGAAGAAUCAAGGCUAAGAGAUGGACCUAGACCGUUCAGAAGCCUAGACUCAUGGUUUACACACAAAGGAUUCCUGAGAAUGGUAAGAGAGGAAUGGAGGGGGCUAGGGGAGGUACAGUUCACAGGCAAAUUAAAGGCCUUGACGGUUCCAUUGGGGAGAUGGUAUAGAGACAAUUUUGGAAACAUGGUUAACAAGAUUAUGAAAUUUGAGGAAGAGAUCAAGAAGAUAAAUGACAUGGUAAGCAGUGGGGUAUAUGAUGGAAUAGUGGAGGCAAGAAGAAAGGCACUAGUGACUUGUUGUGAGAAGUGGUAUGUGAGGAAAGAAGUUCACUGGAAAUAG